AAAUGUAUUCAACGGAAAAAUUAAUUUCGGAAGUCCAGAACUAUCCUUGUUUAUGGGACAUGAGUUCUAAAGAAUAUAGUGAUAAGGACUUAAAAAAAUCAUGUUGGAUGAAGGUAGCUGAAGUAGUUUAUUCUACAAAUUGGAAUAAUUUUUCAUCAACAGAAAAAGGAGAAAAAGUUAAUGAAUUGAGGAAUAAGAAAUGGAGGCACAUUCGUGAUGCAUACAACAAAUACAUAUCCGAUGAAAAAAACAUAAGAAGUGGAUCAGAAGCAACAAAAAAAAAACCAUAUACAUACGCUGAGUGUUUAUCUUUUUUAAAUAACACAAGUAAAAAAAGGAAAACAACUGGUAAUUGUGAAGCUGUUGAAGAAGAUGAUGUAACAGAGCAUAGUGUGGAUGACAUUGUCGAUAUAGAUAAUGAUAUUUCUGAAGUGUCUGAGGUAGAGCUUAAUAUUUCAUCAAACUCAGCAAUACAUCAAACUCAUAAGAAAAAAAAAUCUACAAAUGUAACACCAUUUCAAAAAACGUUGAUUGAACAUUUAAAUAAAAAUAAUGAAAAAGAAUUGGAUCCAGAUAGACAUUUAGUUAUGUCAUUUCUUCCAUAUUUAAAAAAAUUAAAUAAUGAUCAAAAAUUAGAUUUUCAAAUUCAUGCUCUCAAAUAUUUAAAAAAUAUAACUCAACCACAAACUACACCCGAUCAUCCAAUUUAUGGUUCAUACCCCACAUAUUACCCUCUGGCUCAAAACAUGACUUCUAAUAAUAUGCAAUAUCCUUAUAAUUCUUCUGUAUCCACACAUCCAUACUCAUAUCCAUACGCAUCUCAAUCACAAACAUCGGUACCCCCCAUUGAAAUUCCUAUAAAUCCCCUUAACUCACAAUACUCCAACACAGAACAUGCUAUUCAAACCCAACAAUAUACACCAAUAUCGCAACUUCCACCAUCUAAUAAUUCAUAAAUAUAAUAUUAAUUUUCACUUUGUAUUCUAUAACUUUAGAUACUAUUAAUUAUCAUUUUUUUAGCUAGAAAUAUAUUAUUACCUAAUCAACCAAGUAGGUUAUG